UACCGGAGCGCGAGAGGUAGGGAAGGGAGUCCUAAUGGCGGAGAAUGUACGGUCGCCUUUUGACUACCGGGAGCCACCGACCCUCGACAGCGACGGGGAUGGGAGCAAACCGCCGCCGCCACGGGGGCGAGUGUGUGGGAGAAAAAGGAAGGGGACACCUGUGAAGGUGUGUGACCGAGCGUAUGUAACCGAAGAUGAGGAGGAGGAGAGCAUGUCAGAACACAGCUACAGCCCUGGUGAUGGCCAGUACCCCGAGGGUGCAGAGGACCGCCUCCCUCCACCUGGCAGUCCCUACUACCUGCCCGAUCCCACCCAGCUCUGUGUGCCAGAGUUGGGGGAGGAGGGAGCGAGUGGAGUCCGGGGGCCGGUCCUCUUCCAUCCGCCGCCCAAUUGCCGGAUUCGAGAAGUCCACUGUGGGACCCAGGUGCGGUUGGUUGUCAUAGCAAUCCGAGACAUCGCCAAAGGGGAGGAGAUCACAGUGGACUACAGCCUGACGGACUGGGGCGAGAACGCAAUGGAGGAAGAGGCUGGUCCCCACCCACUUUCCCUCUCUGUUUCUGAUUACCUCACCCCCUCCUGGUCAUUAUCUCCCUCAUCCUCCCCGCUCACUCACUCUGAGCCCAGCGACUCAGACCGUGAGGAGGACGAAGAGGAGGAAGAUGACGAUGAUGACGACGACGAUGAAGAAGAAGAAAUUGAGGAGAUAAGGGGACGAAUGCUUCGCCGCCGCAAGAAGCGCAAGAUGCCCGCGGCGGUCAGUUCGAAGAAGAAGAGUGCACCCACCUCCUCCAGAGGACCUGGGCGCCCCUGCUCAUCCUUUUCCCGCCCGGCACCUGUCGCACCUCCUGGCAGAUCCCAGUCCCAGCCCCCGGUCAGCGCCCUGACAACCCCGACCACCAACAUCAACAACAAUAUUAACAUUAACAUUGGCAGCUCCAGCGGCACCACGGUGAGCCGGCGGCAGCACUGCCCGUACUGCGGCCGCCACUAUCGCUCUCUGGCACGCCACCUGGAGAAGCAUCACGCCAACCAACCAGAGGUCAGGACAGCCAUGGAGCUGGCACACAUGCACAGCUCUUCAAACGGCAGCGCCUCGCACCCUCACCCUUCGUCGUCCUCCGCCUCGGCAACUCACAGUCAUUCCUUUGCUGUCCCUCAGCCAUCGGCCUCCAACCCUUCUCCACCCUCGCUCUUCUCCAGGGAGAGGGAAUCGCCAGCUACACGCUCCAGCACAGGCGCCGUCUCGUUCUCCCUCUCCCUCUCCCCACCCUCUUCAGCUCAGCCUGCAGCCGCCAAGAAGGGGCCUAGCUUAACGGUGCCCAGCACAAAACGCGCCGCGCCCCCGAUGGUGGCACGGGUUAAGAGUCCGUCACCGCCUCCCCCAUCUACGCCCAGAAGGGGUCGGAGGAUGAAGAGAGAAAAGCAUGAAGAGCAGCAAAAGGUGGAGGUGGAAAAAGAGGAGCUGGUUCCACCUCCUACACCGGAGCCCGACAUUGAUCCAGAAGAAGAUCUGGAGCUGAGCGCAGAAGGAGAAGAAGACGCACCAGAGGAGAAGAAUGGAGAGAUUGUAAGCACACAGAGGCAUCACAUGUCUCCACUGCUCUCUUCCCUCUCCUGUUUGGUCCUCUACCUCCGCCGCCAGCAGCACUCCUCCUUCCUCUCUCUAACUCGUUCUCCUCACUCCGCCGAGGCCUGGCGCCUGCUCUGCCAUUCCAGCCUCUCCCUGCUCAUCCUCUACAACCGCCACCGGGAAUGUGAGGUGGCCAAACUCACUAUCCAGGACUAUCGCAACCGUAUCACCCCUCUGGCCAGCUCCAGCAACAGUUCCCCCCCCUCUGGCAUGGAAGCCCUCCUGUCCCCUUUUGAGCGCCAGGUCCUCUGUAACCUUCCACGGGCUGGUGUUUUGGGCAAGCGUGGUCGCAUCCAGCCGCUUAUUCUCCCACCACACUGUGAGUCCUGCCUGGACCUGCUCCUUCAAACCAGCCCCAAUGUGGGUGUGGACCCAGAGAGCCCAUAUGUGUUCUCACGGCCCUACCACUCUCCUGCCACACCGCUCCGGGGCACGGACCUUCUGAGAAACCUGGCACGAUCCAGUGGUGCGAAAAACCCCAGUGCACUGACAGCGACGCGUGUGCGGCGGCAGGUAGCAAUUCUUACUCAACUACUACUUUUAGAGGAGGGUGAGGGCCAGGGGGGAGCCACCAAACGGCUGGAGGACUUCCUGGAGCGAGAGUACCAUGUGACCCAGAACUGCUCCUCUAUCAUACGGGACCCAGCACUGAUGGGUCGUGUGGGUCGUGUUGUUCUUUAUGGAGAGCGAGAGGGCGUGCUUUUCCGAGGGAUGAGCCUGCAGCACAUCUGCCUCGAGUUGGACGUCAUGUCUGGUAACUCAGCCGACUCCUUCUCAGAGGAUUCAGAGGUGGAAGAAGAAAAGGAAGAAGUUAAGGAGAAAGCUGAGGUGAUGGUGAAGAAGAAAGGACCAGGGCGACCGCCAAGGAAGAAGAGAGCACCCAUUCCAACUCCAGUCAGCCCAUCAAUAGCCAAUGUUCAUAAGAGAAGAUGCAUUCCACCCAAAUCAGGGAAGCGUGGUGUGCUGAAGCGUCCCUGGUCAGAGGCAGAGCGUGUAGCAGUGGAGACUCACCUAAAGAGAAACCUGGUGGAGCUGCGAGUCCCUGCGAAGGCGGACUGUGAGCGCUGCCUCGAACUCUGCCCUCUGCUGGUGAGCAACCAGCGAGACUGGAGGGCGAUCAAGUUUUACGUCCACAACCGCAUCCAGCUGCUGAAGAAGCAGGGGAGGAGGGAAAGCGCUGCCUCGGUCUGCUAGGGCGAGACACAGACAUGGCAGAGGACUCAUACCAUAAUGUAUAAACCACCAGCAGUCACAAUGAAGAGAAAAGGUGGAGUGCAGAUUCUCUUUUUCAGUUCUUUUUGGGUGCAGUACCUGAAGUUAGGUGCAUGCCCAGUCUCAUCACCCUGGUCAUACGUGAGUAGUGUCAUAAAACUGAUUAAGCUAAGAAAACAGAUGGUUUGCUCCAGUUAGUGAUCAUUUAUACUCAGUGUUGGGGAUGCCUAGUGUCUGUUUUACGUGUUUGGACAAGUUGUACUUAAAAGUGUGAAUAUGAAUUCAAACAAAGUGAAUGCUUUUUUAGAUUUAUGUUUUAUGUCAUCCUUACUUUAUUUAAUGGUAUACUAUGCAGGAUUGUUGGUUACUGUGUGUUAACUUGUUCAGCAGUUUAAGUGAAAUUCAGGGUUCCCGCACAUUUUUAUGGACAAAUUUCAAAAGUUUUUCAUGGCCAAUAAUACUUUUUUUUUCGUGCAACACAAUUACGGCAUUUUUCAAACAUGCAGAUUCAAACUGUCUUCACACAGGAUUUCAGCUAGCUGACAUACAUGAGGGGUGAAAUGGAACACGGGGAGAAAAUUAGAUGCUAAACAAAACAUUGUCACAUUGAUGCAUAUCAGAGCCACGUUACGACAACAGCUACAGAAAUAAAUUCGCCAAUGCUUCAUUACUUUGAGCUUCAUCUGCAGAAAAAUUCUACAACAAUUUCAUUACAAAAUUCCAUGACUUUCCCAAAACUUUCAAUGAUAUUUACUAAUUACAUGACUUUUUGCAGGCCUGGAAAAUUUUAAUUGUUAAAUUCCAUUACUUUUCUAGGUUUUACAUGGCUAAAAACCCUGGAAGGUGAAAACCAACUCCAGAUCCACUCUCCUGAUUUUUUUGUCUCGCUGUAUUUGUAUUUUUCGGCGCUGUGUCCCUUGGAUUCCUGCUGCUUAUGGUCUGGCACCUGGUCGCUAUCUUUUUUUAGUGUUUUGCAGUGGGGGAAUGGGGGCUCGGACAACUGCAAAGUUUUGUUUUUUUGUUUGUUUGUUUGUCUUUUUGUUUUGUUUCGUUUUGUUUUUUUUAAUGCAUGUGUCCCUUUUGUGGCAUUCUGUGUCCCCUCUUUAAUUUCAGGGGUUUUUGCUGGUCUGUGAAUGCAGUGCAGGAAGAGUACUCCUUGAGUUCUUUUUUUUUCCUCAGCAGCAGUUUGUGACUU